AUUAAGUUAUUUAUUUUAUGUAAUAGAUGAUGAUUGUGAUCCCAAACGUGGCGUCCAGUUCCCCUUCGAGGACUAGGAGGCAUUGGGUGAAAAGGAUGCAAUGGGGGGCCCUCUUUGGGCUGAUGAUCCUCAUCUAUGGCUCUCAUGCCCCCCUCAUCAGCCUCACCAAGGUAGACGGUCAAAUCCCUUUCAAUCCUUCAUCGUGUGUUGUCAUGAUUGAGUUCACCAAACUGCUCAUUUCUCUGGCGACUCUUGUUCUUACUGGGGGUACUUCUGCCUUACAGGCUCCCCUCUGUGUAGUCCGUGUGGCCCCUUACAUGGUCCCUGCCUUACUCUAUGCCCUUAACAACAACCUGGUAGUUCUCAUGCAGGCUUUUAUGGACCCAAGCUCAUACCAGGUCCUGUCAAACCUGAAAAUUGCCUCCACGGCCCUGCUGUACUCCCUCUGCCUGGGCAAAAGGCUCCGGCUCGUCCAGUGGGUCGCUCUGGGGCUCCUUAUGGCUGCUGGGGUGUGUCACACCUACAGCAGUCUAGAUCUAGGCAACCCUGCUAGUGCUGAAGCUGAGGAAGGUCCCAGGCUACACGUCACAGCUUGGGGUCUUUUUCUUGUACUGGUGUACUGCUUUGUUUCAGGCCUGGCAGCAGUUUACACAGAGAGGGUGCUAAAGAGUCAGAAGCUGCCCCUCAGCCUGCAGAAUCUUUACCUCUAUGUGUUUGGUGUGGCCAUCAAUGGGCUCUCCUCAUUCUCCAUUGUGGCACAUGAAAAGAGCUUUCUUGAGGGGUACUCUGGGGUGGUUUGGCUCAUCAUAGCAGGACAGGCAGCUAACGGACUCCUCAUGUCGGUGGUGCUCAAACAUGGCAGCGGGAUCACCAGACUGUUUGUCAUUUCCUGCUCCAUGCUGGUAAAUGCUCUGUUGUCCUGGGGCAUCUUGGGGCUGCAGCUUACGCCUUUUUUCCUCCUCCCAGUGUCUAUGAUUGGACUGGCAGCUUAUCUUUAUUACAGAUAAUUUCCACAAGAGCAUUGAUUCAGAAUGAUUACAUUGUACGUACAUUUUCUGUUGGCUAGGUUUUGAGUUAAAAAUGUGUUUUUGCCUUUUUUCUCUGCCUUUCGUUCUAAAAAUCCAACACUUGUGUUCGAUCUCUAACCAUAUAAUGUGUGAAGACAAUGUCGGGUGAUGCCUAAUGAGACUUUGCACAUCAUACAUUAGAGGUUAAUUUUAUAAUUCUGGUAGACUGCAAGAAAAGUCAAAUAUUAACGCAGGUCAGGAUCAUUAAAUCUGCAUUGAAACAUAUCUGAGGAGUGCUGCUAUUGUCAUCAUGGUGAAUACGUUUUGCAUUGCAUCCUAUGCCAAGAACAACGUCGAUGGCAAAAUCAAAGUGUUAAACAGUGUGCAAAUUCAAACCAAUAAAAUGUACAACUUCAA